AUGGUUCAGGCUGGCUUAGCGUGGAACCUCGAAGCAAAACAGUCGCGAGUAGUGCGUGGUCGAGUGCUCAUCCAAGCUGUCUUGAUAACAAGAGUCGACUCGAAGCAAGUUCGCGUUCUAUCGAGAGGUUACUCGGCGGCGGCACUCCUCGCUAUUUUUUUCUGCAUCCCCUUCGCACUGAGGGUUCUUAUUCACAAAGAGACAGGUCGAUGGAGCAAUUGGACGCAAGCCUUCUAUCAUGCUCAUCUCGAGCUUUUCUUGGGAAACGGUUGUUUAGGGGUUGGAGUGAUGAUGCUGCUAGCACUGACCGUGGAGCGUUACGUUAGCGUUUGCAGACCUGGCCAGCACACUCGACCAUUCUGCGGUCCUCCACACUUGACGGUGGUGCUGAUCCCCAUCGCCACGUUUCUGGUUUACCUGCCGAGCGUGUUUCGGGGAGAAAUUACGACCUGCCUGCUGACAGCAGGUGGCCCAGUUAUUUAUCAGAAGAGAGAGAAUCAGUCCUAUCUCGACUCGAUGUUUUAUCAGGUGUACAAGGUAGUCCUGGAGAUCGUUUUCAAGGUAGCACCAACGAUCCUCUUGGCUGGCUUCAAUCUACGAAUAAUGAUAGUCUAUAGACGGUCCUGCGAACGACGUCGGCGGAUGACGUUGUCCAGAACCGCGAGCAACGACGAGGAUCCGAGAACGUUCGCGGAAGAGAGAAGACUCGUGCUCCUAUUAGGCAGUACCAGCAUCCUGUUCCUCGUCUGCGUUAGCCCCAUGGUAAUUCUGAACGUCACUCUGCGAGAGAGCAAUCUCAGUAACUAUCCUUAUCAGGUGUUUCGCGCCCUGGCCAAUUUGCUGGAGAUAAUCAAUUACUCCAUCACCUUCUACAUCUACUACCUGUUCUCGGAAGACUUCCGAAACACCUUGAUCCGCACUCUGCAGUGGCCUUGGGGGAAAAGCAGCCAGGGAGGAAGAGGGCUUCCGAUGAAACGUUCCCCCGUGCCGAGGCCGACUACCACCACCACCACGCCACCGACCACCGCUGUUGCGACUCCCGGUCAUUUAGCGCGCGCCAGCGUUUAGUCCCUUCCUCUCCGAACACCAAGGUCGCCCGGAAAAGAGGAAAACCGCGCGAAACCGAAUUUCCCCGACCGCGAAACACCGACACGCUGAAUUUCUCCGCUUCCUCCGGAAGCGAUUUAACGAGCAUUCGAUAUGGUAACGCGUUACGCCGGAAUAGAUCGCCGGAGCGGUGCGAUGUUGCGAUACAUCUGUAAAUUUCAACGCCUUCCGCUUAUGGAACCGAUCGACCGCGAUCUUUCUCGCGCGAUCGUUACGACUUCGGUGCUAACGUUUCUUCGGUUAGAUCUUCCCACGGAUGGAAUGUGCCGAUUUUCACCGCGAUACCACUGGUUGAGCAGCCGCAAACGCACACCUCCGAACGGUGUCUCGCCGACCUUGCCUCCCACUAGUGAGGACGGGUCUCGUGAGUAUCGACGCGGAACGGAGCGGAGCGGAGAGACACGUAGGCCGCCGCCGCUGCCUCCUAGUGUUACGCGUGCGACCGAUUUCAAUUAGAUCAUUCGCGAACCGUAUAUUUUCGCAAUCGAUUCGAAGCAAUUGCGUUCCCAAGGAAAUCUCGAAAAUUGUCUCACGAUUGUUCAGCGACGAAGACUCGCGGCUUAACGAUUCGUUAGCGAUAAUCGGAUCGCGGUAUUUGCGGUGUACUUGGUCUCCUCCGCGCGACACGCCUGGCGCAACUUCGAUUUUUUCGCAGGGCGACGCGUGAGCCAACGCGUGAGCCAACACGCGAGGUAAAGCGUAAGCCACGGACCGUAAAUGUAUUCGUAGUGUAAGGAAACGGAUUUAAUAAAAGGUAUUUGCGAAACUUCCCGAAACGUCGUGAACGUUGCUCUGUCUUUCAGCGGAAGCGUGACCGACUCGAAUUAAACGCGUACAGAGCUCCCAUUUUUCUCCAAACGUUUCUCCUAAAAUUUAAGUAUUAUCCGCCGUAUCCUCGCAUAUUUCACUAGAAUUAUCUUCAUCGUUAUAAUCGCGAUUCGGGCGCGACUGAA